UUUACUUUUGUUCCAUGAAGAAUCCAGAAAGGGUUAUUUGAUUGUGGCUUUCUGAAAAACAAUAAAUUUUAAAAUUUUUACAUUCUGUUACAAACUGACCCCGGCUCCUCAUCAGAGAAGGGAAAAGUUAUGUGGCCCUCACAGGAAAAAGUUUGGGGACCCCUGGUCUUAAGUGUCAAAAAGAAAUGUAAUGGCUAAAAAUAGUCAAUUGCGCAAUAAAGCGUAAACCCUUUCAUGCACUAUUUAUUUAUUUUGUAUGUUUUGAUUAAAUUCAUACAGGACAGCACUCACAAAUGUAUGGCCCAGCGGCCAAAUACUCGAUCAAAUCCGAGACAAUAUUUUGUGGCUCCCAUUUGACAUCCAAUUAUUGUAUGAUUAUUAUAGUAUUAUUGUUGCCUGCAUGUAUUUUGUGAUGUGCCAUUAAAAAACAUUUAUAGAAAAAUUAUAUAUUAUUAUAUUAUUAUUAUUACAUUAUUAUAUAGAAAAAUAAAUAAAUAAAUGCAAUCAAUUUAUUGAAGGAUGCAUUUUAUAUAAAAAAAAAAAAAAGAUUAUUUAAAUAGUUAUGAAUAAUUUAAAAUAAAAUAAAAAACAAUUAAAAACAUAAGCAAUCUAUUAAAAAAUAUACAUAAUUCAAUAAAAUGAAAUUAAUUAAAUAAAAAAAAAUUGUCAUAAAUUGAAAGGAAGAAGAAGCCAUAAAUUCAAAUAAGUGUGGCCUGUGCGUGUAUUGCUCUGGGAAAUUUAUGUUUUGUUGAUGUUAUUUUGUGACUUUAGAUAGCUUGACUAUUUGGCUGCCAUUGACGGCAAUUGCUCUCCAAUCCAUUUUCACUGUGAGAAGCUGGAAGUAAUCAAAUGGAUUGAAAUGGCUUGAAUUUAUAUUGCCGUCAAUAGGUAUCUUUAAUAUCAAUUUUCCUUUUUUACGAACCACCACAACACAUAUUCUGUGACCUGAGCUGGCAGUGAAUUACUUCAGCUGAUAGUAACUUUUGAAUAGAUAUCCGCUGUAGUGACCAUUAUCCCUAAAAGGGUUAAACAACAGGCACCUGGCCUUUUCCAUUUUUAAAAUGUAUAUAAUUAUAUAUAAUUCUUAUCUAAUAAUAUUGUUAUUAUUUUAAAUAAAAGAAUACUGGUGUCGUCAGCGGUGUCUGCCAGCCUGGUGGUGAGAAAAUCCCUUCAAGCUACUGUCUGUCGAAAUGUGAGCCAAAGAGGACAUCUAGCGGCAAAUAUUGAAAACUACAGCUAGAAUGAACUACUGUACUGUAUGAAACUAACUUUUGGGACGUGCCAGACCAGUCCAGGCGCCGCCUCGCCACCUACUAGUGUUGCCGCGCACUACCACAACUUGGAAAUCUCUGCCCAGCCCACCGACUCCCAAAGUGAUGUCUAUGGGCCGCUGUUCGUCCGUGUCCUCCAUCUCUCUACUUGAUAUCAAAGCUGAGAGCCGUCUAGUCCUACAAGCUUUCCUCAAUCAGACACUGUCCAUCCCAUUUGUGGAACGGCCAGGCAGAGUAGGAGGUGGCUACAAGGAAUACAACAAAUACAGUGCUAGUGUUAAGCCAAAUCCCAAAGUAAAAGAUGGGUGGGAUUCUCAAGCUGAAGAUCAAAGCUCAGCAGAUGAGAAGAAGCCAGGAUUUAAGGAUUUCCUGAAGCAACUGCCCCGGCGUAGUUAUGCACGCUCUUCUAACAAGGAUGGGAAAGGUUCUUUGGAAAAGGACAACAAGCCUAGAGCGCCAAACAUUAGAGAGCUGUCUGAGGAAGACAUUUUAUCUCCCUCCUCUACAUCCGAAGAAGACGACGGUGACAAGAAACAGAAAGGACUGAACAAAAAGAAGCUUAAAAAAAAGAUUUCCAAGUUUUUCAAGAUAAAGGAGAAGGAAAAAGAGAAAGAAAAUGAUCAAGAGAAGGAGAAGAAACGAGAGGAGAAAGAGGGACCUAGCUCUCAACCUAAGAGACCUUCCACAUUGCUAAUAGACAAAACAGCUGAGCCAAUCUCACCCCUUGUUUCCCCAAAUCACCCUCCUGAAUUCUAUAAUGAAGUUGCGCAGAAGCUGGAAAAAAUCGCACAAAGGUCUACGAGUACAAAGAAGGUGACUCCCCUCACUCCCCCACAAGAUCCCUCAGUUGUGGACAACAAAGAGCUGGUGGUUCAGCAGCUGGUUCAAGUUCUCUCUGUCGAGGCAGAGUCUAUUAACAAUAAGAUUCAGAUGGACCCAUUUCUGCGCUCAAGUUUGGCUCGCCUAUCGUACCCAUCCUUCGCGAGGCUUCUCGACACUGUCAGCAGCACUCAGGUAUUGGAUGUCCCACUCCUCCAGCCAACAGCGAGCCCGACUUUGCGCCGCAUGGCCGUCUCUAUGGAAGUGUCAAGGCGUAUAGUGACAGCUACAGGUGUCCAUCGCAUGCAAGGGUAUGCAGAGUGCUACAUGGAGAAUUUUGCCCCAUGGUUAAAGAGUCGAGGAGGAUGGGUAAGUGCUUGUCAGAGUCCCACUCUGUCUUACAGCCAGUCUGAAAUCAAAAAAGCACUUUCAUGCACGAAUGAGGAUUUUCCAUCCUUACGGGGCACUCAUUGAACUCACUGGCUGCCAUUGACGGUGCUAACUUCCAAUCCAUUUCGACCGGGACUUCUAGCGCCGUCAAUGGCGCUGAAACAUUAAUGCAUGAACGGUUUAAAUGUACACCACGUGUCAUCCUUAAUAGAAAUCUGUUUUGUAUUUUAUAAUUCCUGUGGUUUGAGGUUUACCGACAUUUACAUAUUUCAUUUUAUCCUCAGGAGAAUGUGGCCGAGAUGAAGGAUCCUGCUGAAUAUGACUGAAUUGUGUCCAUUGUGCCACUGAGGUUAGAAGAAGAAGACUUGUUGCAUUUUUGUUUCAACUAAGUUAUUGUUGUGAAUCCUUACUCGUCAAAUUGGAUUAUUGUUCUAUCAAAGUAAAGGUAUGAUCAAGUUUGAAUGACUUUAAGGAAUUUAUAAAAACAUCCCAUUUUAAGGGAGUUCUCGUCUAAUAAUGCCUGCAAACUACAGUAUUUGCAACAUUUGACCAUAAUACCGUCAUUAAGUGCAAAAUGCCGAAUACUACCUCCAUUGAGUAUGUAGCUUUGAGAUUCUAGUUUAACCUUGUUAUGAUCUGUUCAUUUUGUUUUUGUUGCAUUAAUACAUUGACAAACCCUUAAAAUCAUGCAUUUUUGUAUACCAACAUUUUUCAUAUGUUUGUUUUUUGGAAUUACGCUUGAAAAUGUUAGACAUAUGUAAGCAGUUAUUACAUGUGUACUGUAUUUGUGUCUUUUGUUUGUAAGGAUAGUUAGACUUUAUUGUUAUAUUAUUGGUUUGUGGUGGUAGACAUUUGUAACCAGAGCAAACAGUCUUGUUGUCAAGUGCAAAGUGAAACCAUUAACAAUUUUAAAAAAAUAUGUUUUUUAUUUAUUGCUAUUUAAAUAAUUGAUUUUUUUUGUUUGCCCAUCGCAAAAUAUGUGCAGGUGACACUAAUACUAUAAUGGACCUAUCACAAAGCUCCGCCCCCUUGUAAAACUCAGUCAACUAAGGCAUUGUCAAAUUCUCUCAGUGACAGUGAUUGAGUUAACGAACGAUUUAUGGAAGAUGGCGGGAGUUCAGAUUUCUGAAUUUGUGUAGUGAUUGGCUAGUAAACAAGUAGGCAGUCAAAUGUUAGCAAAUUAAUAUUAAUUGUUAAGUUUAUGUUUUUACUGCAUGCUAUCAAAUACUUUUUUUUUUUUUUUUUUUACAAAUUGAUCAUUAACUUACCUUUGAGCAAGCAUAAGUGUUCUUGGGUGACUGUCUUGACAUUCAGUUGUUUAUGAGGUCGACGACAGAGCCUUAUCUAUAGCGUGCAUUUGUCGAGCCUUAUUUUAGGCUGUGAAAAAGGACAAAAAAAAUUCCUCCCCUCAAUCUUUUGGGUUACCUGGUGUCGGAAUUACAGGUACUCCACGUUCUCCAUGCACAGCAUUAAACUAUCGGGUUUUUGCUAUUUUAAAGUUAGAAAAAAAAUAUGUUUUAAGUCACAACUACACAGUAUUCCGAUGCAACUCUGUGGCUAGGUGUCCAACUUUUGUGAUUUAGGGCAUGGUUUUGCCAUAGGUCCAUUAGAUGUCAAAUGGGGUCCCAGAAUAUUGUCCUGUGGCUUGUAAUUUAAACAUAUAAAGCAACACUUUGUAACUUUUCAGUUAGGUUGAUUUUAGCGACGCUGGUGGAAAAAAGCGCUAGUGUUUUGCCUAAAGAAAGACUGCGUUUCCCAUGAGGACCAGCGCACACCCAAACAGUGUCGUAAAAUCAUCAAUGAAUCAAAAAUCAAUCUCCCGGUCACCUGCAGAUAGAGUAAACAUUUUUUUUCCAGAGGCUGUGUGAAGGACAAAUAGUUAUAAGUAGAGAUCGAUCGGGUCCGAUCACGUCAUUUUCAAAGUAUUGGAAUCGGCAAAAAAAUAUCGGACAUGCCUUUUUUUAAUAUAUAUAUUUGUUUUAAUUAAAUCGUUUUCUAAUUGUAUUUAACGUUACAGACAUAACAUGUUACACUCAUCUAGAGUCUUUAGGCUUAAGGUAGGGUUAUCAAAUUUAUCCCGUUAACGGCGGUAAUUAAUUUUUAAAAAAAUUUAUCACGUUGAAAUAUUUAACGUAAUUAACGCAUUGUUGCGUUCAAUCUGUAAUGGCGCCGUUUUACUUAUAUAUAGAGCUAAAAGGCAGCGUAAAAUGAGUAGAGUGAAUUUUGGCAGCCUUUGGAGCCUUUUUUAAUUGGCUAAAGCCUUACAAUCACUCUCUCUACGAUUAGAUAUAUCCUGGGAAGCAAUGUGGGGAAGAAAGGUAGUAAUUGAUCUUUUUCUUAACACCCUAUGUUAUUUCCCAAUGCAGAGAAGAUAUAUCAAUUGGUACCACUACGCACAGUCAUGGUUGCACUUCCCAUCAUGCAUUUGGGCAGAACAGUUAAAUGGCUACAGUAUCAUUUACUGAAAGCUCAACAAAUACACUAGAUGGCAAUAUUUAGUCACAAUAUACAAAGUCACAUUUAUCCUUUAAGAAUUACAAGUCUUUCUAUCCGUGGAUCCCUCUCACAGAAAGAAUGUUAAUAAUGUAAAUGCCAUCUUGAGGAUUUAUUGUCAUAAUAAACAAAUACAGUACUUAUGUACUGUAUGUUGAUUGUAUAUAUUCGUCCGAGUUUUAUUCAUUUUUUUCUUAAUGCAUUGCCAAAAUGUAUAUGAUCGGGAAAAAUUAUCGGGAAUGAUUGGAAUUGAAUCGGGAGCAAAAAAAAAAGCAAUCGGAUCGGGAAAUAUCGGGAUCGGCAGAUACUCAAACUAAAACGAUCGGGAUCGGAUCAGGAGCAAAAAACCAUGAUCGUAACAACCCUGGUUAUAAGGUAAUAAAUUCAGUUGUGGCUAAACAAUAGCAUAUGACGGUUAGCAACUGUGUGGCUUAGUGUGGCUAACCCCCCAACACCACCCCCAAACCGAACUUGUCAACGCUGACAAGUUCGGUUUGGGGGACGGGGGGCGUCACGCCAGCGAGUGAAAGCCGGGCCAAUGUUUAUUGUUGAGUGCCCUUAUAUCCUUAUUCUUCCUCAGACAAAACAUUUUGUCUCUUUUGUUGCUCUGCCAUCUUUGCAGCAUUCACGCGGAAGUGUUCACAUCUACUGCUGUCUUUAUAAUGAAUGGGGAAAGGGGGAAGUGACGUAUGCCGUAAAGCAGUCAGCGCAUUUGUAGUUUUUUUUGUGUGGCAGGAUUCCUGCCACCCUCCUCAAAGUUAAUUAGUACCGGUGAAAACGAUACAGAACCCCUCAAGAUAUAAAAGAGGUGUCAUUCAACUAGUUGUCAGUCGAUAUAUUAUCACAAAUGUUAUGAAAAUAUUUUAUAAAGGUUGAAAAGUUACCUAGUGUUGCUUUAAGAGAAAAAAAAAUCAUCAUUCUUGCAUGAAACGUACCAAAAUAAUAAUAACAGCAUGCUGAUUUGACUGUUGGUGGUAUUUCUAACUACACGCUUUCAAAACAAAAGAGGAACAAGAGGUGAAGCAAUGAUAUACACUAUAUUUAUUCACAGCCUUAUUCACAGCCUGUACAAGUUCGUCAGUCGGCAAUAUGGGGGAAAACAUGAUUCUUGACAAGUUUGAAUGUGGAGUCAGCGCAAGUCUGUGAAGCAAGGCCAGUUUACGCAUCAGUGCCAAUUAUCUAAUGGCUCUGUGAGCUUUAUUGUGUGUGUUUUUGCACUCUUGAAAUUGUGAGUGUAUUGAAAGUACAAUGUAUUUUUUUCCCACUUUGUUUUAUGAAAAAAAAAAGAUCUUGAUUUGGAAUGUUUGAAAAAAAUAAUGUUUUAUUGUUUAAAAAAAAAGAAGCUUUUUUUGGAAUGUUUAAAAAAAUAAAAUUGUUGAC